AACGGCAGUCACCGCGCGGGAGCCGCCGCGCCUGCCCGACUGUUCGCCCGCUGUUCCACGCUCCACCAAGCCCAGGUCCGCGCCCUCCGCCGUCACCAACCACCGCCCGGUCUGGAGGGCACCAUGAGAAGGCCACGUUACGUCCCGUUCCUGCUGCUGCUGCUGCUGCUCCCGGCGCUACUGCUCACACCCCUCGCCGGGGACGCCGCGGUGAUUACUGGGGCCUGCGAGAAGGACUCCCAGUGCGGCGGAGGCAUGUGCUGCGCAGUCAGCAUCUGGGUUAAGAGCAUAAGGAUUUGCACACCUAUGGGCAAAGUGGGAGACAGCUGCCAUCCUCUGGCCCGUAAAGUGCCGUUUUUCGGGCGAAGAAUGCACCACACUUGCCCAUGCCUGCCAGGCUUGGCCUGUUUACGGACUUCGUUUAACCGAUACAUUUGUUUAGCUCAAAAGUAAUCACCUUAGAGACUUUGAAUGAGAACAGCCAUGGGGCAUCUGUGAGGGUAUUUCUCGUGACCGCGCCAAGCAGAUCCGACACCGCAAAGACAUGCUCUUGCUUCUUCCACUCUCCAAGCCACAUUUUCAUCUUUGAUUUCUAAAUACUUUCCCCCCAUGUAUUGGAAGGGAGUUAUGAUCUGCGAUAGACAUGGAAAGUUACAAGGCAUCCUGGGAGUGGUUCGUGUUUGGGUUUGAUUUGGACCCACUUCCACCACGGUGAAGCGAGACGGAAUGUGAUGUUUCUAUUGCAGUAGCAAAUUCUUCCCUGGUGCAUCUGUCCACGCCACCCCAUCCCACUACUCAUGAGCGUCCGUGGCUCUCUUAACUCUUAGUCCUGGAAGGAUUUUGAACCUUCUGUUUCAUCUCCAUUUCUCCUCCUGCCCCUCUGGCACCAUGACGUGGGAAGGGGUCUCGUGCUGGGUACCUUGUGUCUU